UGUCUCUUUUAUUCUUAAGUCGUAAAAAAAACAUGGCGCUCGUGUGUGCUCGGUAAUUGGCAAAAUAGAAACAUUAAAAUAAUAAGAAAUUUAACAAAAAGUUUGAAAUAUUGUUUGAUUUAUCAAUAUAUUAAAAAUGUCACAGUGCUUUCGUACAAUCUCUUGUAAACUCCCACCAUUUAUUGGCACUAAAAAACAAGUCUCACAAAUGAGCCGACAGCUGCCAAAACACAUAAAAUGUUCAACAUUUUUGGAAGAAUUUCUUGGAUCGCGAAACGUUUUAAAUUCACAAACGUUACGUGACGUAUCAAAUGAGAUUGUUUUACCUUAUCUUGCAUUUAAAAAUAAAAUUGUCUCGUCACUGGAUAUUCCUCGGGAGAAUUUAAUUGCAUUGAGGGAAAAUGUUCGAAAGGAUAUGAGGACAGCGAGAUAUAAUGACGUUCGUAGACAUCAUCUUCUGGAGGAGAAACCCAUUGAUUUAUUAUUACAGGAAAAUUUGAGGAAUAGACAAAAAUAUUCAAAAAAUUUUACAAAAAAGCAACAGACAGAGAAUGUGAUUUUUUAUGAAAAAUCUUCGUCCAAAUUCAAUGAUUAUAGCUGUAAAAUUAUUCCACCGAAUAUUGAAAAUUCCGGUAUUGUUUUUAUGACCGAUGAUGUAAAACCACAGAUAGAAAAUGAAAAAAAUGUCUCUAAUAUUGGAGGGAAACCGAGUAAAGAGCAACUUGAAUUUAUAUACGAAAAACUAAAAAAAGAUUUACCGCAGUUAUUUGUCAGAACGUUUGAUUAUAGAAUAUACCAUAAAGAUUUUGUAUUUGAAAACAAUAUUCGAGGAACAAGAACAAUAGGCAUUUUUCCCUACGUGAGGCAAAUUUCCUUAUUGAGAACCGUUGGACAUUUAAGAUUUGCAUACGUCAAAUUGGAUAUAUUAAAAAUUACAAUUCAUCCAGAAGACGACAGUGUUAAAGUUCGUUGGCGUAUUGCUGGUUUGCCAGGAUUUAAAGUAUUCCUGAUGUUUUGGAAAUUUAAUGUUUUUAAACUUAGUGAAUCGAUUAAACAUCAAGAAGCAUGGUAUGAUGGAUUCUCGACAUUUUACAUUGGAGCAGAUGGAUUAAUUUCAAAGCACAUGGCUGAUAAAAUGAUGCCAGAUCAGGAUAGUGAAAAGGAAAAGAAAAAAGAACCAAGUCCAGUUGCUGCAAAAUUAACAUUAUUUUCAAAUUUCAAGAAAAUUGAAUUAUUCCCGCAGAUUUCAUUUUCUAAUAUCGGCAAAUUUUUAUCACACUCAGGACGAAAAUGGACACUCUUUGAAAAGAUUGCAUUUAAAAUGAAAUAGGUAAAUUUUCACUAUUAAUAGAUUAAAUUCAAGUUUUUUUUUUCUUUUUUUAUUAUAGAACAAUUUUUUCAAUUAAGCUUAAAAGUAGUUCUGAGUACAAAAGAAACGAAACUUAGUAAUAUAAACUAAACGAGUUCGCUUUUACAUUUUUAAUAUAAAUUAAAGUUUUUGAAGCA